AUGUCUAUCGUCUGCCUCCUGCUCCUCCUGGUCCUCCUGCUCCUCCUGGUCUGCGGCACCAACGGAGCAGGAGGAGCUGAGAUGAGCCUGAUGCCUGAGACCCUCACAGUCCUGCGCGGAGACCAGUCCCGCUUCAGCUGCCGCACCACACGGCCACAGUGGGGCGCUAUGAUCUGGCAGCUGAGCGGGAAGACCAUGCUGACCAUCUCCCAGCAGAACGGUCUAGUGCCCUCCACAAACCCUAACAUCACCGCAGAGAAGGCGGCUCCGUCUCAGGGAGAAGGCUGGACUCUGGUGCUGAAGGACACGCAGAGAGAGUACCAAGGGGAGGUGAGCUGUGACCUGCAGGAGGUCCACAAGAGGACAGCCCACCUCUACGUACAAGGUCAGUGCAUCAGGAGGAGGAGUGAAUGGCUGAACGUGCAGGAUUAUAGCCUCAUAUAA